UUUUCUUUUAAAGGAAGGCUUUUUUAAAUUUUGACAUAUCUUCUUUUUACGUUAUGUUUAGGAUUUUGCGCUAGCUAUGCCAAACAGUACCCGCCAAUGAAGCCAUACGAAUAUGGGUUUCGUGUGUUCUUGUUGACAUACUGUAUAGUCUUGACGUCUGCGAGUAAAGCCUUUCUCCAAACGGCAUUAUACCGGUUGAUGCUUAUUGCCGUUGGUGCUGGGAUUUGUUUGGUUGUAAGUAUAUGUAUAUUCCCCAUUUGGGCAGGGGAAGAUCUGCACAAGUUGGUGGUUAAAAAUUUCAGGGGUGUUGCUGUUUCUUUGGAAGGUUGUGUUAAGGGAUAUUUGGAGUGUGUUGAAUAUGAGAGGAUUCCUUCAAAAAUUCUCAUAUAUCAAGCUUCUGAUGACCAGUUAUACAGUGGCUAUAGAUCAGCUGUUCAAUCUUCAACCCAAGAGGAAACUCUAUUGGACUUCGCAUUAUGGGAGCCACCUCAUGGCCCUUACAAGGGCUUCAACUAUCCAUGGAAAAACUAUAUCAAAGUUGGCGGGGCACUAAGGCAUUGCGCAUUCACGGUCAUGGCUAUGCACGGAUGUAUACUUUCAGAAAUCCAGGUAACAUGCCCAAUUAUGCAUAUAUCAUCUACUCAAUACACAAUUCCACUCAUUUGCCUAAGGGAAGGCAGACUUCACAUGUUCAGUAUCACUCCUAUAAAUGACCAUUUUAGCGAGAACAUUUAUAGCAACGAAUCUUUUCGUCAUCAUAGGGGUUGUACCAAUGAAUUUUUUAUUGGUAAAGACUUGUUUGGUAGAGUCAAAAGCUUCACAAAAAGAUCACAUCUCAACUCGAAUUAA